AUUUGAGUAGACAUCUUCCUGUAAGACUCACUAGUUCUAAGUUACCUGGCUAGACAUCUACAAACAGGCACUAUACAGAAAGGCAUUCUUGCAGCAGUUAAGCUAGCUGUGCAGUGACUAAUGUCAUGGUAUGAAAUAUAAAGAUUUUUCUUAGCUUUCAAGACCCUACAGAAUUUUAGUCAGUUAUCUACAUAUUUCCAAUUAGUUCACAUGCCAUUAGUACUCAGUACUUUUUACCCCCCUGGCACUUUGUCCAUUUAGAGCAACUUUCAUGUAAUCUGUAAAGUAAUUAGCACUUCUGUCUUCAGAUCCUUCCACAAGAUAAUUCUGACAUAACACACAAAUUAGAUAAUAUUUGAUAUACAGGCUGAAGGGCAGCUGGAGAAAAUUGGUAUUAUAAUUAGAAAUCAAACCCAUUCCCUAUAUGUUUUCUGUUGCUCCGGGGCUUUUCUAAAAUGUAAGCCAAGGAAUUGCUUUUCAACAUAUUAAGAUUUCUAGUCUAUUUAAAGGAAUGGUAGGCAGAAAUAAGUUCAAUCAGUUUAAAAAAAAACAAAAACACACAUUCUGUAUUUACACUGUGUAUCACAGUUCAACCAAAAUUAUGUUUGAAUGAUUCCAUGAGGAUAAGCUUGUAUAUAUUCUUUUAUAAUUCUCAAAUCAGACUGGUUCACAGAACAGUUACUUGCCCCGUGUCUGAAAACAGAAUUAAACAGAAUGUACACACUUGGUUUUUUAUACAUGUGUGUAUAUAUAUAUAUGUAUGUCAUGCAAUUAUAGAAACACUGUAUUAUAUAGAAACUUUCAGGCUUCUGUAUUAGAAAUUAGGAGCUAGACUAAAACUUCAGUUCUGCAGCUCAUCUUCCAAACUAGAUAUUAAAACAAUAAAAAGGAAAAAUUUCUGUGGACGAGCACAUUGAAAAUUUGAACAAUGUGUACAAGUACUGUACAAAUUUGUAAGUGCCAGAUUUAAAAAAAAAAAAGAAAACAUCACAUAUGCUAGUUCUGACAGAAAAAAGAGACACAAUCAGACCAAAAAACAGGUGCUGCUUGAACCACAGUCUCAAUGUAACAAUUGUUCGAGACAACCCAGAGCAUGAGAGUACUUCAAAAAGAAGCGUUUCUCCUACUGCUUCAACCAGAACUGCUCAUAGCAACCUCUGAUGUGGACAUAAUCUGACACAAAGAUACUAUCCACCCAUUUUGUUCUUCCCAUGGGAACAGUUCAGCUUCUAAGUGCAUCUAUCCAGUACACAUGCUUCUACAACACAAAUUUCAAAUAAAUUGUAAAACUCAAACAACAUAAGUUUUUCAUGUAGACAGAACUUACAAAGCUGAGCCAAAAUACUGGUUAGAGAAAGGAAAGAAAAUACCAAUUAAUAGUGCUAAUGAAGAAAAAAACCACAGCAAGUUUCCACAGUUAGCACUGCUGAUCCCAAGUAUAUACUACUGGAGUGUUUUCUUUAGGUGUUACCCUCCUCUGAAAGCUAGAGUUAAAAAUCCAACAGAAGAAACCCUUAAAAUUACUGAAAUGUGAAGCACAAGAACAUAUCUACAAAUCAGGUGACAAAACCACCUGAUAUAUGGAAUCUGCAGUGAAACACACAUAUAUUAUGGCCCAAAAAUGAUUUUUAAUUUUUCAACUGUUCAGAGUGUCUGCAUUUGCCAUGGGUUGCUCCUAUCAGGAAGACCACAGGGAUGUAGAAAAAAACCACUUGUGUUCACAUUGAGCGUAAGAAAAGUUAAUCUUCUUGAACACAGCACAUACAUACUUCACAUGUCCAAUCAGCUCCUUGAACAGAAAUACUAAGGGCACAUGCAUAUGUUUAUUUACAUUUUGGUCAGGAAAUAUAACAAGGUAUUAUUCCCACAAAAGUAGGGGUAAGAAAACAACCAGAGUCCAUGUGGCAUCACCUAGUCACCUUAAUUUUGCAGAAAUAUUCAUAAGUGAGAAAUUAGGGCUCUUUAGAGCCACAUCUUUUAACAAAAAUUUCUAAAGGAAAAGAGCACAUAAUCUAGAUACAGUGUACAGCUUCCGAGUCAAACAGCUCAAUUUGCAAUCUCAAGGCCAGUGGGCAAUAAUUUCUGUUUCUGAAACAAAACACAGCACUCCUCAGCUCUAUUAUAGACACUGCUUUCUUUGGACCCCAGGAAAGCUGCUUGGUUACUAUAGCAACAGAUACAGGGGAAAGCUUUUCAUUUGUAAAUGGCCACUGCUUUAAAAUCAUACAUGCUAUUUUCCCCACACCUUUUAAUAUGAAUCAAAUAGAGAGUAGAAUUAUGAAAGCCAGUAGAGUAUACAAGAGCACUUAAAAUAUACAAGUUGAUUUGAUGACAAUUUUACUAGUAGCACUUCUCACCCAACCAAGUAUGUUAGAAAUAUUUACAAAAUAAGACUCAGGUCUUACAAAAUAAUAAAUAUGAAAAACAUUAAAUAACACAUCCAAACUGUCAAUAGUACAGCAAUUAUUCACCCCUUACUGUUUUAGUAUAUCUGUACAAUGAAGGUUUAUAUUCUGGUAGGGAAGGAGGAACACAUAACAGAGUACAAUUCAAUUCACUCAAGUCUGCUGCCUUGCUAAUGAAAUCAGCACUCUAAAUCAGAAUAAGCUUAAAUGAGACAAUUUUUACUAAUUGUUGACAACAAAAGUUUCAUAAUGGGCAACACAUGUACCUUGCAACCCGCCUGUAUUAAAAGCAAACCCACAUAAUCUUUCCUCAAGAUGUAAUUUACUCACAGGGAACUAAAACCAAAGCAGAACAUAUUACAAUUUCAUUAAAACAGACUGCUUGACAUCCUACUGAGAUAGUUCUAAACCAGCACUUUCACAAUCCAAGUAUUCAGUUGCCUUUUAAUCUGUCUACUACAAACAAAUGUUAGGUGUAACACCAGAUAUUUGCAACUUGUAGCAAUCUUGUUCCAACCAGAGUUUACUUUUGGCUCACUUCCGGCAGAAAGUUACUAUGCCUCUGCACUAAUAAAAAUAACUUCUACAUAAGAGCAGCUCUGCAGUAACUCCAUAAACACCAGGCUCACAAACAAAAUCACAAGAGACCAGAAAUCAGGUACAGAACCUGAGGGUAUAUAUCACUGCUGCAAUGAACAAGACCUUUCUCCCAACUCCUUAAUUUCUCACGCCAAUUUGUUAAGGCCACUUCUCUGAUGUGCUGCAUUUACCAUUGAAGCUUACCAGUAGCUUUAUUCCCUCGUUCUUUUAUACAGCCUUAUACAAAGAUAACAAGUUAUAGGAUAACUUAUGGAAGGCUAAAGUUAUCAGGAGCAGAUAAGCAAAGCCUGCAGUUGAAUAGAAGUGUCCUGCUGUUCCAAUUACAAAUUAAAAUAAAUUGCACAGGAAUUAAGGAAAUUUAAACUCUUAAUAAGAUUACCUGUGAUGAAAAAAACAACUGACAAACAACAAAACUCUCUGGCUCUCAGUGCAACUGAAAAGAUUCCCCCCAGUCUGUAAGUCUACAGUUUCUGGAUUCUCAAGAUUUUACUCCAUUUAAUCACUGCUCAUGCCUUCCAUCAUAGAAUCUAGAUACCAUUAUGUAUUUAGGACUAAGGGCCGCCGUCUGUUUUAUUCCAUAAUCUCUUUGCUUUCCCUUACUGAGUGUUUUUCAAACAAAACUCAUUAAACAAAGUACUCCUUUAUUCUCGGGUAGAUGGAACUAAGAGAGGGAACAAACAGCAGUAAUGCACUUGCUGUGGAGAACAGAAAAAAACAACAUUCCAAGAAAUUUUGUUAAUACAUGCCAAUGCAGUUUUAUAUGAGAAGGGAUAGUUUCAUUCAAGAGAAACUGCAUUUUCCAGGACAUCUACAGUGAAGAAAACAUCUCAGACCUCACAACCAACAACGGUCGGUCACUGCCUGGCUACAAAGCUCCCAGUUACUCACUUCCACGAGAGAACAGGCAGACAAAAGGUGACAGAAGAUAACCACCAUGGCAUCAGCAAGUCUGCAGUUCUUUGCUUUUAUUCUGGCUUUGUUUGGUGCUUUUGGAGAUAUCGCAGCCACCUUGCUACCAAACUGGAAGGUAAAUGCAGACGUUGGCUCAAAUAUCAUAACCGCUAUAACACAGAUGCAAGGACUUUGGAUGGACUGCACAUGGUACAGCACUGGGAUGUUCAGCUGCACCCUGAAAUACUCCAUUCUCUCUCUCCCCGUCUACAUCCAGGCUGCACGGACCACCAUGGUACUGUCGUGUAUCCUAUCAGCCUUUGGGAUCUGCAUCACCACAGUCGGAAUGAAAUGCACAAAGUUGGGAGGGGACAGUGACAGCAAAAAUAAUGCUUGUUUUGUUGGAGGAAUCUGCUUCAUUCUUGCAGGAAUCUUUGGAUUAGUACCAACAUGCUGGUACACGAGAGAAAUUAUUUCAAAUUUCUUGGACCAGAGCGUUCCAGAGAGUAGUAAACAUGAACCCGGAGCAGCAGUUUAUACCGGAUUCAUCUCAGCAGGGUUUCUGCUUAUCGCAGGUGUGAUCUUCUGCUCUUCCUGUUUUAAAAGGCAGCAAGGAGCAUGGAUUUACCCUCCAAAGCAGCACCAUUUCCCAUCCACAGAGCAGGAGAGCAAUGCAGGUUACAGUCUGAAAGACUAUGUAUAAAUAGUUAUUUCUAUCCUUUGAAGUAUUUCUAUUCAUUUAAGGGGUUUUUUUUGUGUGUUAAGUGUAUUUUGAUUAUUUCAAAGAAUGUAUAACAUAGCACUUAACUGUUCCUAUAUCUGGGUUGCAGUUAUGCUUAUGCAAGGUAUUUCAUUUACAGAGGCAUCCACAAAAAGGAAGAAGUAGGAAAAGAUACUUGUCUGCUACAAGAGUACUUUAUUUUGUUGAUUUUUCAAACCCUUCUUUCUGACUUUCCAAGUAACCCUUACUGAAGAAAAAUAAACUAUUUUAAAAACAUAACUGACUGUACAACUCACGCAUCAAUGUCUUGUUACAGCAAAGAUGAUUAAAAACUAACUUUCUGCUUAGUGAA